AUGCAACAUUCAUGUUCACAUACAUGCCAACAUGUUGAUGAAACAAAUGUUGGUCAAUGGAAUUUAUAUACAAAAAUUGAUAAAUAUAAUUUACAAUGUUAUAAUGAAAAACAUGAUGGUUCCGUUGAAAGUGAUGAUGAACAAGAAUUACUUUUCAGUAUACCAUUUAAUGGUGUUGUGAAAAUAACUGGUCUAUGUGUUAUUGGUGAAAAUGGUCCAUCACAUCCAAAUACAGUUAAAUUAUGGAGUAAUUUACCUGAAUUCCGUUUUGAUAAUGCACAUGGAAAAGCUCAUCAAGAAAUUUCACUUACAUAUGAUCCAUCCGGUACAUUAGCUUAUCAAGUCAAUCCAUCACAUUUGUCACGUGUAACACAUUUAUCUUUAUAUUUUCCUUCGAAUUUCGGUGAUGAAACAACUCGUAUUUACUAUAUUGGUCUUCGUGGUGAAUAUCUUGGUGAAGUAAAAUCUAAAGUAGUCAUUACAACGUAUGAAGCUAGACCACAAUUAAAAGAUCACAAAGUGGAUGAUUUUGUAACAAGCAAUCGUGAAAUACAAUAA